GCGCCGGACCCCCCGAUUUCCCGCUUUAUCAGUUCCGCGAGAAGAAACCGGUGCUGUCCUCGUUCGUUCGCUGUAUACGGUCCUCAUUUCUCGCGAUCGUUAUCGCGCGCGUGCCACGCAAGGAAGACAGAUAGAGAGGGUGGGAGAGAAGGCUCUCGAGCGGAAAAGGCCGGCGCGAUAAGCGGCCCGCCGAUCAUCGUGUACAUGUUGAUACGUUGAUAUCGAAGUAAGCCGUUUCUCUGACGUUAUUCUCGAAUUUCGCGCUAUCUCCGCCUCCCGGAGAAAGUGAGGCGCAAUUGGACGUCUCCCUGUACUCGCGAAGAUAGUUCAAGUUUAAAGGGACGUGCUAUCCGCUAAAUCGAAAAAUCCGGCGGUGACUGCGACACGCAGUCUGGAUUUCUGAAAAAAAAAAGUCAGAGAUUUCGUUAUUGUGCUCCUACAUGAUCGCGCCUCAUUUCCUUCUGGUGAUUACACUGGAUUGAAGGGUGGUCCUCUUCGAGAGAGUUAAUUUUCUAGAGAUCGCGAUCGAGACAAGCAGGCUGCCGGCGGCUACGAGCUCGGAUCGACGAGGAGGACGACGACGACGACGGAAGAAGAGGAGGCGGAGGAGGAAGAGGAGAUGCACCUCGAGGAUUACCACGGCGAGAGGAGCGAGGAGGACGUGCGACGGCCCGUGUCCGUUCUGGAGCAAGACGACUUCGUCGACGACGGUUCCCUGCCCGAUCUGAUGUCCAUGACGAUGGCCGGCAUGGACGUCGACGUCGCCCAGUGCUGGACGACCUCGCAAGCGGACAACGUCUUCUUCUCGCCGCUGGAAACCGACGCGGACCCGCGAGAUUAUCUCGACUGGGACCAGGUGCCCGUGGUCUUUCAGUAUCCCUCCAACGGUGGUGGAUCACCGGGUGGUAGCACUUCCAGCGAAGCAACAACGCCGAUCUGGAGCAACGCGGCGACAGCGACGACGACGACGACGACGACGACGGAUCAUGACGAGGACAAAUCGGACCGGAAGUUACCCUCAAUGGGCUCGGCUUUCCCCUUCUCGCGCACAUUCUGCAACACGAUCUAUCCGGAAUUUGGAGCGGAGUCGCAGGGUGAUUAUCAGGAUUAUCCGGACUGCCAGGAGGACGUGGUGUCGUUGCUGAUGAGCAUUCAGAACGACGUGGCGGCUCAGAGCUACAACCCUCCAGUCGCCGACGAAUUCGACCUCAGUCUGAUUAGGGGCGACCCGACGUCGUUGCUGAGCACCGUGGACUCGUCGUCCGCGAACUGUUUCGCGAGCGACGAUCAGCAGGAACCGUCCCAGAGCUUCAAUCCGCCGUACUACGCGGUCGGGCAUCUCGUCUCCUCCCAGCAGCAGCCAUCGACGAUCAAUCUCGCUGGUGAGCUUGUCGGCGCGAUGGACAGUUUCGGUAAUCAGGUGAUACUACCGCGGAACGAGGGUCUGCUGCUCGGGAAUGAUCGACGUGUCGCCGGGUCGAAGGUCGCUGAAACCGAGAAGAACGACAAGUCUUACGAUUGCGCGAGACCGGUGGACGAUAGCCUCGCGUCGGCUUAUCAGUGCCGCUGGAUCGACUGCGGCUGUGCGUUCGCGGAGCAGGAGGGCCUGGUGCGGCACAUCGAGAGGCGGCACGUGGAGUCGUCCUCGGCGAGCGCGCACGGCCACGGCAGGCGGAUUCAGCGGGACCGGGACAAGGAGCGAGACGACAAGGAGACGGGAGAGAGCUUCUCCGUCGCGACGCCGGCGACGACGACGGGCCGCGAGGACGAGUUCGCCUGCCUGUGGCAAGGAUGUCCGCGCGCCCGGCCGUUCAACGCGAGAUACAAGUUGCUGAUCCACAUGCGAGUGCACACCCAAGAAAAGCCGAACAAAUGUCCGUUUGCCGGCUGUAAGAAGGCAUUCAGUCGAUUAGAAAACUUGAAGAUACAUCAGAGAUCGCACACGGGCGAAAGGCCUUAUGCGUGUCAACACAAUGGAUGUUCAAAGGCGUUUAGCAACAGCAGCGAUCGAGCAAAACAUCAGAGAACACACUAUGACAGAAAACCAUACGCUUGCCAGGUAAUCGGCUGCGGCAAACGUUACACCGAUCCAUCGAGUCUUAGAAAGCACCUGAAAAAUCAUACGGAAAAUUCAAGUACGUUGUCCAGUCUGUUAUCGUCGGAUAAGAUUUCAACGAAUAAUGUGACAGCAAUAGGACACAAGUUAAACUCGACAAUUCCUCAGCGAGGAAGCCAUGACGCGUGCAUUUUUGACGUGGAAACGAAUCAUUCGUAUAAAUUGUCUAAAACUUAUGUCAAAGAAGAGAACACAUCGCCGAACAAUACGUGCCAGCUGAAUAGAAUCUCCCUGAAUUUUGACGGCAAUCAGCAGGAAUACGUGCCGAUCGAAUCGGUUCGUCAUCUUCUGAUCAACGACCUCACCAACGCACAGGACGAGAAUACAGGAUUCUGCGUGCCCGCGGAGGACGACGUGCCGGAUUUCCACGAGCUCGACAUCGAGCGACAGUUCCACGAGCUGAGCGCCCUGAACGACGCUAUCUUCAUCGACGGAUGAGCCUCCUCGGCGGGAGAGUCCCUUCCCUGACGAAGCGAAAGACAGGAUGCGAUGCGUCGGUGAAUGAACGAAAGAAUAAACGUUCAAUGUAAUUUAACGUGCAUCUUGAUUCGAUUAAGAUUCGCUGUGCAAUUAAUCACCAAUCCUGCCGAUUCUUCAAUUUCUAUUAAAAAGAAUUACGUUUGCUCUUUAUAUAA